AUCGAUAGCUCACGCACUUCAUGUAUCAUGUAUCAACCGCUGAGAAGUCAUGGAAAUCGAUAGCUCACGCACUUCAGCAGACUCUCUGCUGCAAUGUAGAGAUAAGAAUCAAUCUCGUGAGUGGUGACUUUUCACAAAACCGCUCCUUAGCAAAAAAACUGUCUUUUGGCCUGUUUGGUUGCUCGCGUAGGGAACACCACAGACCAGAAUUUUCCCAUGACUUGGGAAGCAACCGGUCAGACAUAUCCAAUUUUGCUUCAACGAAAGUCGGAGAAAAGUGCCCCUCUCGGCUUAUUUCUCAAACUUCACUUUCUUGUGAGCAACCAAAAGCAACCGUGAGAACCAUAAGAGACAAUGAUGGGAAUGCUUUGACCCUAGGCAAGAUCAAUAAUAAGGACUGGACAGGCUUGGACAUCCUUGCAUUAGAUCAGCAAGAGAAGGAUCAUCAUGGCUGUUUUCCAAGAAGUGUCAAGCAUCUAAAGAGAUCAUUCUCUUCAAAUGAUUCUCGGAUGAUACGUCGAUUGGGUCCACCGUCAAGAAAUUGGGCAUUGGCAAUCCCAUCAGACAAAUCAUCUGAAAAUCCAUUCUAUGCUAGUGAUCCUCGCAUCUCUUGCAGCCAGCAAAGUAAUUGCUACCCUGGGAAUAAAGACAUCAGUUCUAGAUCUUCGAAGUUUCACUGCUUGAGGACUGUAAUUUCGCCAUUUAGGAAGGCUUUAGGGCUGAAGCGUCAACCUGAAAAUGCUCAUCUUCAAUUGGUCAUGCCUUGCGCUCCUGCUCAGUAAUGAACUGGCUCGCUAUUAAAGAGAGGAGAGGCUUUUUUACCACAAAAUGUGAAAGGGGGUGCUGCUGUUUAUUGUAUGUUUUUCAUUGGUAUAUAAUUUACUUGGAUGGUGGAGUGUAGAGUAGCCUUAAAGGAAGUGGGAUCAAGUGAACUUUGUAUACGUGAUUGUAUCUUGGUUUUACUCCGAUUCAGGUCAUCUGGAAGGGAAAAUUGGCAUCAUCUAAUGUCUUUGCUAUGAAUUUUGCC